CUCUACUGCGGUCCCAUCGUCUCCCCAAACGCCCAAUGCCAAUGGGGGCCAGGCGCAGGACACUCGGCUCGAAGCAUGUCCAAGCAAACGACAGUGGAACGCCGGAAGGAGAAGCCAGCAUUUCAACGAUUCAAGGAUCACUGCCGCCACUUCACGGCCUUCAUGUUCAGCAAUGUGGGCAUCAUACUGCUAGUCACCUUCUACACGAUUGGCGGCGCCUUUAUAUUCCAGGCCAUCGAAAUCUUCGAAUACGAGCGACUCAGGUCGGAGAAGCCGAAUCAGUUCAUAGAGCGCAAUGUCAGCGGGGAGUUCCUCACGCGCAUCUGGGAGUUGACGGCCGAAAACAUUAGUUUCUUCGACCACAAGGCCUACAGGAAACGUGUCAAUGACGUACUUCUGGAGUACCAGCGGGCGAUUGUUAAGAAGCAACUGAAGGGACCCGAUGUGGAGCAAUGGAGCUUCUCGGGAGCCUUUCUCUAUUCGCUGGCCGUCAUCACAACGAUCGGAUAUGGUAACAUAACACCCCACUCUGAGUGGGGUAAGCUGGCGACCAUUCUGUAUGCGAUAAUCGGGAUGCCUUUGUUCCUGCUCUACCUCUCAAACAUUGGCGAUGUGCUGGCCAAGUCCUUCAAGUGGAUUUACUCCAAGGUCUGCCUGUGCCGCAUAUGUCCUGGAGUGGCCAAGCGCCGGAUAAUACGGGAGAGACGAAAGAUGCGACAUCUUGCGCGGGCGCUCCAAAUGCACCACAUGGAGAGUGGCGGCGGAAGCAGUAGCUACUCCAGCAGCAGCUCUACCACCAACAGCAACAGCAACAGCAGCAGUAGCACCGACUACACGAAGAGCUCUUAUCACAGCUCCAGCAUCGUGGAUGUGGCGUACAGCGGAUCCGAUUCGGAUAUUGAGCGAGAGAUACGCGGCAGCACGGAUGAGAUAACUGUCCCUCUGACAGUCUGCAUUUUUGUCAUGGUCGGGUACAUUCUGUGGGGUGCCUUGCUCUUCGGUCGCUGGGAGGACUGGAACUACUGGGAUGGCAGUUACUUUUGCUUAAUCUCGCUCAGCAGUAUUGGAUUUGGUGAUUUGGUGCCAGGCGACCGGGUGAUAACCGCCGAUAGGGACAAAGUUGAGUUCAGCUUUAUUCUCUGUGCCGUACAAUCUAUUGCUGGGAAUGGCCAAUCUGUGCUUCAAUCUGAUGCAGGAGGAGGUCGUACACAACAUACGAGCUAUUAAGGGGGGAUUCAAAGCCUGCUUCUGUUGUCGCAGCUCUUAGAGGCCUCUGGUCCGGGUCUUGGGUUCCCAAUUACAAUUACGUUUUAUCGUACUAAAUUAUAAUUAUUUAAAUUUAUUAUGUUUAGGUAGAUUUGUACAUAUAGUAGGGCUAACUACGACUAAGUAGGACUAA